AUGGCAAGAAUUCGACGACCACGGUUCACUGAUUACCCUCCUCGUUCCAUUCAGAUCGCUCAUCCGCAGCUGUCACCGUACAAGGAGCCCGUGAAUGCAUGGCUGUACUUUGACGGACCUCUGAGUGCACUUGAGGAACAAACCUGUGUGGUAUUGGGUUUCCCGGGUGGUGGUUUUGUCGCGUUGAGCCCGCGAGAUCACGAUGAUCGACUACUUGCCCGGGCUGGGAAGCUCAAGGUACCCAUAAGAGCCAACCCGAACGUCUUAUGGAGGAAGGAAGCAGACUUUUACGGUUUAAAGCCACUUUCAUCGCCCAGUACAUCUCUGGUCGGAGAUGACUCCUCAUCAGAGUCAUUACAACCGGACAUUGAUAAGGUGUACCAAGCCUACAAUGAUGCUUUUCCUCCAACAACCUCAAAACCAACCCACACUCAAUUCGUCGUAUCAUCCGCACUCUCCUAUGCCAAUGACCGAAUCUUAACACCCGAAAUCAUGCGCACGCUAAUCAUCCUCUACAUCGGCCCUCACAACCAGCCCAACUUCAACAAAGGCUACUUCCUCUCCCCCAUCCUCGCAGCGGAUUCCCUCCUCGCCCAGUUCCCAAGAUCUACUUCCUAA